AUGUCUGGAAACAAAACUUCUCAACAACCUCACAACAUAAUCCUCAUCAAUGAACUUCUAGAAAACAUUCUUCUACACGCAGACAUGAGAACAUUAUUAACAUCUGGCCAGCGCGUAUGUCGCAACUGGAACGAAAUGAUCAAGUCAUCACCAAAGCUUCAACAGCACCUUUUCCUCAAAGCCUCCCCAUCUCAAGAGUCAAAUAAAUGCCGUCGUCUUCGCAACCCACUCCUAGAAGAUAUACUCUGGGCUCAAUUCUUCCUCAAGCAACAACAAAGCUCGGAAUUAAACUUGGCCGAUGUAAGCAGAUUUCCACUACGGGAAGCCGAUCGACUCAAGCUCAAAACCUACUUGCGCAAAGACGCCAGUUGGAAACAAAUGCUUCUACAACAACCACCCACAUCGUCAAUUGGAGUCCUUGAAAUAAUCAGGCGAUCAGACUCGGAGUUCACAAAGCUGGCUGUCAGUCCAGAUGAGGGCUUUCUCCGAAUGGGCCAUAUCUUGACCCUACUCCAAGGACGCAGCACUUUAGUUCCGACGCGCAACAAGUGGAUCCUAUGGAGUGGGAGAUCACGAAUCAGAAUGCCUCUCAAUUUCGAGAUCUGGGCACCAAAAUGGAUCUAUGAGCCAAGUACACUGCAGUCGGUCCAGGAAUGGGUCCCGGAUAACAUCGACUGGGACAGUCUACGCCUGGAAGUGGCCUCGAUGUAUUUGAACGAUUUUGAUUGUGAUUUGGUCAUUGUGUCAGAACGGAGACAACAGCUGUUCCAGGGCGAGGAUCGAGUUCAUAAAGAAAGCAAACUUGAUCGUCGGCUUGAGAAAGUGUUUGGGGAGUGCCGGGUAGAGGUUGGAAGGAAGCAUACCACACACUCUUGGAUACCUAUCAAAGGGGUUGGUGUGGAUCGAAGGUGGAGUCUGAAGCCUUGUUCUGCUACACCUCUUGUUCCGGCACCGAGUGAUUCGUCUGAGGUUUCAGAUUCAUCUUCUUCCUCUUCGCAUUUUUCUUUGUCUGUCUGA